UUCCGGCUCCUUCUCACUCUCUCUGUAUGUUAAUUUUGCCCAAAAAGUUAAAGAAUGUAAAAAAAAAAAACAAAAUUAUUUUGUCCCCAACAAAAACCAUGUAGCUGCUGUCUUUUAACGAAUCGAAUUCUUCAACUGUCUAUGCCCUCUCUCUCUGGAUCUUAAUAUUAAUGGAGUUUUCUUCAUCAGUUUAGAGAAGCUAGGGUUUGUACAGUCAUUUUUUCUUUCUGGGUAAAAAUGUUUUCUUCCACCACUAGCCUUGACCAUUUUACAAACUUUUCUUCUUCUUACCACCAUUUUCCUUCUCUAUCUGCUGGGUCUGACUGCAACAACAACGUUGUACUCAACUACCAGCAUGAUCCACUCACUGGUGUACUGUUUCCGGCGACUCCUCGAAUGGCUGAAUCUUUCACUAACAUGGCGCCCUUCUCAGCCAAUGCUACGGUUGACUGCAUCAACGGGGAGUGUUAUGAUCCUUCAAGUUUUGGUGGGGGCUGCAAGAGGCCGGCUGUGAGGAAAGAUCGGCACAGCAAGAUUUACACGGCACAAGGAUAUAGAGAUCGGAGAGUGAGACUCUCCGUUGACAUUGCUCGCGAGUUCUUUGAUCUUCAAGACAUGCUAGGGUUUGAUAAAGCGAGCAAAACCCUCGGGUGGCUGCUGAUGAAAUCAAGGAAGGCCAUUCAUGAAGUUAAAUUAAUGCUGAAGCAAAAAAACAAAGGAAAUCAGUGCGAAGAAGAACAGAUGACAACUGAGGGAGAUUCUGAAGAGAAAGAGGAUGCUGAAAAGGCUCCUCAGAAAGAUGCAUUUCAUCAACUUCUUGCGAAGGAAAUCAGGGACAAGAAGAGGGCGAAAGCAAGGCAAAGGACUAAAGAAAAGAUGUGCAUUAGAACACUCCAUGAGUUGAAAAGAGGGUCCAACACAAGCACACAAAUCUUGACCCAACUGAGGUCCUUCACCCAAUUCAAAGCUUGUCAAUCAAACAUGGAGUCUUCCUCCAAGGAUACUGCAUAUGAAGCUGAAGAACCUACUCUUCGUGCAUUCACCGAUAUUGUGCCGAGUGUAGCGGUUUUCGAAGACUCCAUGGCGGUUAAAAGGAAGUUAAAUUCAUCGCCAAUUGCGGCCUCUCAGCAGAUUAUUGGAAUGUCAAAAGAUGCAAGCUGCGGCACAAGCAACUAUAGUCACAAUCUACCUCAAAAUCUGGACUCCAAUAGUGCAAUCCCUCACUCUACCUUUCUUGCUAUUACCAACAAGAAUGUGUCAGCAGGAUUCCAAAUUUAUGGCAAAAACUGGGAGGCACCCAAUAGAGAGUCAACACUAAUCGGUGCAAGAACUUCAAAGAUGUAAGCUGUAAGAUUUUUUGUUUAAGUUUGUUGUAGGGAAAUCAGGGUAUCCAUGGAUACUAGCUGAAGUAUGUCUUUUCGUUUCUCUGAACUUGUUUUGUGUUGGAUUUAAAAUGACUUUGUUUCGUGUUGGGAUGAUUGUUGAUGGCAAGCAAAUAGUAACUUCAAAUUUGCAUUAAA